AUGGGGAUCCCCUCAUUCCUAGCCUUCCCUGCUGCCUGGAGGAACCGAGCUCACUGCAUGCCCUGGCAUCCUUGGGGCCACAUGCUACUGUGGACAGCUCUGCUCUUCCUGGCUCCUGUUCCUGGGAAACGUGCAGAUCUCCCAAAAGCUGUGGUGAGCAUCCAGCCUGCGUGGAUCACUGUGCUCAGGGAGGAUCACGUGACGCUGAUGUGCCAGGGGACCAGCUUCUAUGCAGGCAACCUCACCACGUGGUUCCAUAACGGGAGCUCCAUCGACACCCAGAACCAGCCCAGCUACAGCUUUAGGGCCAACAGCAAUGACAGUGGAUCCUACAGGUGCCAGAGGGAGCAGACCAGCCUCAGCGACCCCGUGCAUCUGGAUGUGAUUUCUGACUGGCUGCUGCUCCAGACCCCCAGCCUCGUGUUCCAGGAAGGGGAGCCCAUCAUGCUGAGGUGCCACAGCUGGAGAAACCACCCUCUGAGUAAGAUCACAUUCUACCAGGAUGGGAAAUCCAAGACAUUUUCCUAUCAGCGCUCCAACUUCUCUAUCCCACACGCCAACCUCAAUCACAGCGGCCAGUACCACUGCACAGCGUUUCUCGGGAAGACGCCACACUCGUCACAGCCCGUGAACAUCACUGUCCAAGAUGGGAAUGAAGGUCCAGCAGUUCCACUCAUCUUUCCACCUUGGUAUCAAAUCACUUUCUGCCUGGUGAUGGGGCUCCUUUUGGCAGUGGAUACAGGCCUGUAUUUUUCAGUGCAGAGAGACCUUCAAAGCUCCAUGGGAGACUGGAAGAAUUACAAAGCCAGAUGGAGCCAAGACCCUCAGAACAAAUGA